AUGUCUCUGCAGGGUCUUAUAUCUGGCUCGGAAUGUGCUGUUCCUUUCAAUCCGCUCUCGCAAGUGCUGAAGCACACGGAAGGAGACCGUAGCUUGCAGCAGGACAGGGUUGCGGGCCCGUCAUCAUCUCGGCCGCUGCAACAUCUUCCAGGUACAUCGUCUGCCCCAGGAGCAGAACGGGAUCUCGCACUCGCUCGCCAGUUCUUCGACGGCAAUGCUCCCCACGGUGGGGGAAGUGCCUUCGCCCUUGCGCCGCAGAUUCCGCACACCGCCCGGCCCAUGGACGCCGCAAUGCGAUCCGGGUCUGAUCUCAGCCAGGCGUGGAACGACGUUGACGGCCGACCGGCAGUGCAGAGCCAGGUUCCCCGCAGCCAGCUCGGACCGCAGAUGAACUCGCAUUGGGCGAUGGAGUUCAGCAGCAACUCGGCUAUGUCGCUGCCUGGUCCCGCGCAGGGCAGUAGCAUGCAGCGCCCUGAGUAUAAUCAGUCGUCGUACAUGCAGUCGAGCAUGUACCGCCCUAUGAUGGGCUCUGGGUACAUGUAUGGCGGUGGGGGCGUCAAUGCUGUCGGCACUCCUCUUCAGAUGUCCGACAAGGGGAAGGGAAAGGGAAAGGAGAUUGACUUCGAGGCUGCAUUUGCAGAGGCCACCGCUUCGUUCUCAAGUCAAGCCGACAGUGGCAGGAUCGUUGAGGUUGGGGACGACGUCGGCAGCCUAGCAGAAGCUCUGCAGGAGACAGGGUUGUCUGAACACAGCGGUGCCCAGAGUGAGACGGAACAAUAUGCUAGUGAUUUCCAACAUAUGUGGGAUCAGCUACAGAAUUCCGAGGUCCCUCCACCACCGGAGGACAUGGCGAAAUGGGAAUCACAAUUCAACCAGCUGAUGAACUCGCAGCGAGAUAAUGAAGAGUCCUUCGACGAGUACGGCGAUUUCGCGCGGCAAGUGUGGGGCGAGGACCAUGGUCACUACGAGACCGCGGCCAACGAGUCGCGCGUCGAGUUCACAGACGAGGGGCUACCCAUUUUGGGGCCUUACGCCUUUGAGCAGGAGAACAAAUAUCUCGACCCAUCUACUUCGGGGCGGUCCCAUCUGCAAGCAGCGAAGGAUCUGCUCGAACAGAACGGGUCCUUAUCCGAGGUGUCAUUACUAUUGGAGGCUGCCAUACAGAAAGGCGAGUUAGGCGAGGGUGGCUAUGAAUCGUGGAUUAUGCUUGGCGAGGUGAAAAGCAUGGAUGAACACGAAGAUGCCGCUAUGCGUGCUCUCACUGAAGGUACCAGAAGAGCCGAAGAGACUGGCGCCACUGGUCAGGGCAUGUUGUCCCUCGCUAUCUCUUACACAAACGAGUCCUUCGAGCGUGCAUCGCACACGAUGCUACUGCGAUGGCUCAAGGCCCGCUUCCCCGACUACCACAUCUCAGAGGAAGUGUGGAAGUCCCUGAGCGGGGCCGGCUGGCAUUCCCAUGAGCGUGUCACCGAGGCAUUCCUCGGGUUGGCUCGUGAGCAGUACAGCCGUGGCGAGAUGGACCCAGACGUGCAAAUAGCUCUGGGCGUCUUGUUUUACGCAAGCAGCGACUUCGACCGGGCCAAAGACUGCUUCGAGGCAGCCCUUGCGGCCCGACCGAAGGAUUAUCUACUGUGGAACAGACUAGGUUCGUCGCUCUCAAACGGCAGCAAGCCUGAAGAAGCUCUCGGGGCCUACCGAGAGGCACUCCAACUGCGACCUACAUACACCCGUGCGAUCUAUAAUGUCGGCGUAGCUUGCCUGAACAUAGGAGCGCAUAAGGAAGCCGCGGAGCACAUGCUGGGAGCCCUCGCGAUGCAGGAGGUGUCAGGAGGUGCAAAGAGCGACCAGCUUUGGUACACGCUUCGGCGGGUGUUCCAGUCGAUGGGCCGGCAAGACCUGGCCGACAUGGCGAAGUCGACGACGGACGUGGAGGCGUUCCGCAAAGAGGGCUUUGACUUCUAG